CGCUUGAAGGGAAUCCGAUCAUUGAACGAUGGUACCUACAUGAUAUGAUGAUGGUAUUUCCUCGGAUUCGGGAGCCUUUAUCUUCUGCUCGAUAGCCAUAACUAGGAGACGGGACGAACCAUAGAACAUCCUACCUAGGGAGUCAAUUUUCCAACCAAGAUGGCCGUCUUGCCCAAUUCAUUGAAUAGCUUUGCGACGAUUGAUAUAGAUUUUUUCGUGUCGUUAGCCAAGUUCUUAUUCUUCGCCCCGACAAUUCUGUUAGUCAUAUACGUUGCUCUCAAUGAAGUAGUGCGGCUACGAGCUCGAAUUCCUAACCUGCCGGGGCCAUGGGGCUACCCCCUAUUCGGGAGCAUUCUAUCGUUACGCGGAACCGCGACGUCGGAUGAAUAUAGGAUAUGGGCUGAGCGGUACGGCGAUGUGUUCCAAGUACAGUUAGGAAACGUCACAGCCGUAGUAGUCAACAGCGCAGCAGCAGCUCGUGCACUCUUCAUCAGCCAGAGAGAAGCGACGAACUCGCGCCCCGUUUUCUACGUCUUGCAUAAGAAAGUUCAGCAAGGCGGUCCGGUAACGAGUAUCGGAACUAGUCCUUGGAACGAAAGCUGUAAGCGGCGGCGCAAAGUUGCGGCUACGGCUUUGAACAAGACUAGUACUGAGAGUUAUUAUCCAAUCCUAGAUCUAGAAUCAAGAGCGUUCAUUCUAGAUAUCUUAUCCAGUUGUGGCGGCGGCAAAGUAACUGUCGACGUGCUUGACCUUACGCGCAAAUUUGCGUUGAACCUCAGCUUGACACUAGCCUACGGGACUCGCGUCGAGGAUGUCAAGGAUUUACACCGGGACCUCAUGAUCUCCGAGAUCGUGUACAUCGAGGAAGAAAUCUCCAAGUUCAGGAAUCCUGCAAGCAAUCACUCUAACUACAUCCCGCUGCUUCGGCCGCUUAACACUAUCGCCGGUUGGCUCGGACUCCAGAAGGGUUCGCACAUGGCCGACAUAGGGAAACGACGGUAUGCUUACCACCGCGUUCUCCAGGAGAAGCUGAGGAAAGACAUCGCCGAUGGCGUCGACCGCCCCUGCAUCCAGGGAAAUGUCCUUAAAGACCCAGAGAGCAAAGGCCUCACUGAGGGAGAACUCCUCAGCAUCGGAUUGAGCAUGCUCGCGGGCGCUGACACCACCAAGCGGUCGAUAAUGUGGGCUAUCUUGCUACUCGCGCAUCGCCCAGAUAUCCAGGAGAAAGCAUACCGGGCGAUCAAGGAGGCGGAUUCCCGUCUGCUUGGGUCGCCGAAUGUAGCGCAUACUAGAGUCGAGUAUGUGGAGGCUUUCACGAAGGAAGUCGGUCGUUAUUUCGUAGUUCAACGUCUCGCGCUCCCGAAAGCGACGUACUCGGAGGUCCAAUGGAACGGUGCGACGAUACCGCCAAACACGCUCUUAUUUCUAAACUCGUGGGCCUGUACUAGGGAUCCAACCGUGUUCUCAGAUCCGAAUGUAUUUGAACCCGAGCGUUGGAUGGUCGGCGACCAGACGGCAAACCGACACCAGUACGCCUUCGGCAUAGGAGGCCGCAUGUGCGUAGCAAGCCACGUCGCGACCAAGGCUCUCUACGCUGCUUUCUUCCACCUAAUUGCGCACUUCCAAGUCCUCCCGGCGGAAGACACGAAGGACCCUAUUGUUGCGGAUCCCAUAGAGGGCCUACUAACUCGGGAGAAUCCCAUUGCGGGUCCGAAAGCCAGGACAGUCCGAUUUGUGCCGCGGAAUGCUGAUAUAACGAAACAGAUGCUCUCCGCGGAGACUUGAUGAAGAUGCAUCAUGCGCAUAUGGAUAUCUUCAGUUGACAUAUAAUAUUACACUGUACAUAUUUUUGAGUAAUCGUACGUCUACCGAGCAAAGCCCGAGUUCCUAGGUACAUAUUGUUGUUUUUCACCGGCAGCUUGUAGGAGUUACUGUGAGGUUACCCUCCGGGCCGUUCAGCCCAAGAUAGACAAGCCUGGCGUUAGCCACGCAGUAGGGAAAGCCAAUAAGAGAGGUGAUUUAGGUAAUUAAGAUCGUAUAU